GGCUACAAGUCCUACUUUUGCUAGUUUCCGGUCAGAAGAAGCCAUAGCCAGCAAGAAGAAGCCAUAGCAACAAGCUAAGUGGGGAACUAAUAAAGAAGAACAGCUAGCGGUGCAUAAUCAGAUGCGAAGAAUCGAAGCUGAUUUUUUGAAUCAUAUACCUUUCCUGCUUCAUCAAUCCAGUUGAGACUUGAGAAGAGAGGUUGGAGGAGAGUUCAAAAGAAGGUCAAAGUGAUCAAGAAGCUUAUUGAGCUGCCGGCAUCCGCACUGGUGUAGCAGGUGAUUGCAUGCAUGGGGGAUAGGACAUGGCAGCAACCACAUGAGCAGCCUCAAGCUUACCCAGACGCAGGGACGAUGGUCCAAGCUUCAUCCUCCUCCGUCCAUGGCAGCAUCAUCAGAAAGGAACCUGGAGGCGGAUAUGACAUGGCCGAAUUCGAUCAAGCGCUCUUCCUCUAUCUUAACAGCCAGGAUCAAGCAUCAGUUAUUCAAGAUCAACCUCAAACUCUCAACAUCUUCCCUUCUCAGCCAAUGCACGUCGUCGAGCCUGCACCAAAGCAGGGAGGAUCCAUGGGAACUAACAACACGGCAUCGAACGCCGCCGCCGUCGCUGGCUCGUCGUCCAAGCAGCAGCAGCAGCCGCCGCCGCCGCCGCCACCGCCAAAUAAGGACGGCGGCAAGCCGGCCGCCGUCAAGAGAGAAGGGAGCGGCGGCGGCGCCGCCAUGGGAAGCGGGACGCCAUCGACGUCGAAUAAUCGACAGGAGGGCCGCCCCAGGACUUCAGACGCCAAGACGCUAAGAAGGCUCGCGCAGAACAGGGAGGCCGCCAGGAAAAGCAGGCUCAGAAAGAAGGCUUACAUUCAGAACCUAGAGACAAGCAGGAUUAGGCUGACCCAGCUGGAGCAAGACUUACACUACAGAUCCAGAACUCAGGGAGCAGUGUUCGGUGGUGGAGCUCUUUCUGGUUGCAGUGGCGGACUAAGCCCAGAGGCGGCAUGGUUCGACAUGGAGCACGCGAGGUGGCAGGAGGAGCACGGCAAGAUGAUGCGCCACCUGCGGGCGGCGCUGGAGGCGGAGCACGCGGCGUCGGCGGCGUCGACGUCUACGGCGGCGGAGGCACAGCUCCUCCGGCAGCUGGUGGACGCGGCCGCGGCGCACCACGGCGUGCUGGCGGAGCUGAAGGCCGUGGCGGCGAGGGCCGACGCGUUCCACCUCGUGUCCGGCGCGUGGGCGUCCGCCGCCGAGCGCUGCUUCCUCUGGAUCGGCGGCUUCCGCCCUUCAGAGCUCAUCAAGAUAGCGGCCCGGCACGCGGAGCCCCUGACGGAGCAGCAGGCGAUGGGCGUCUGCGGCGUGCAGCAGUGGGCGAGGGACGCGGAGGCGGCGCUGGACCACGAGCUGCAGGCGAUGCACCGCUCCGUCUCGGAGGCCGUCUCCUCCGACGCGGCGGCGCUGCUCUGCCCCUACUCCGACGUGCCCGGCUUCAUGGCCACCAUGUCCCUCGCCAUCAGCAAGCUCGCCUCCCUCGAAGCCUUCGUCAGACAAGCGGACGCGCUUAGGCUGCAGGCGCUGCACCGGCUGCCGCAGAUCCUGACGGCGCGGCAGUCGGCGCGGUGCUUCCUCGCCAUCGCCGACUACUCCCACCGCCUCCGUGCGCUCAGCGAACUCUGGCACACCCGGCCAGGCCAAGAUCCAGCGGCGAGCAACCUGGCGGCCGGGCCCAGCAGCCAGAGACCGCCCUACCAAAGUAGGGACGGUUUACUAUAGACAUAUAAUAGUCUGGGAUAGUUUCAGAGAUACAUAUACAGUUGAUCACUGAUCAGUAGUAAUUCAGAUGACCCAUUCCUCGCUUAUUUAUGAAGGGUAAUACUAAGGCCUUGUUUAGUUUGUAAAAUUUUUGGGUUUUGGCUACUGUAGCACUUUCGUUUUUAUUUGACAAACAUUGUCCAAUCAUGGAGUAACUAGACUCAAAAGAUUCAUCUCAUAAAUUACAGGUAAACUGUGU